AUGACAACGACUACGGUGUACCAGCCAACCUGUAGUUCUGACUCUGCCGGGCGAUGGUCAAGGUACAGCACCCAACCGUCUCGUAACAUCUCCACCGUCAUCUUUGACAGAAAGAACAAGGAUGAAUUACUCAACGACAUCAAUGAGUAUUUGCAUCCACGCACGCGCCGGUGGUAUUCAGACCAUGGAAUUCCCUACCGACGAGGAUAUCUGUUUUCCGGGGCGCCCGGAAUGGGAAAGACAAGUCUGGCUUCCGCCCUCGGCGGCCUGUUUGGACUGAACGUCUACGUGCUGAGCCUUUUGGGCCCAAAGAGGAACGAAUCAAAGUUGAUGAAACUCAUGUCCGACAUCCCCUCCCGGUGCAUUGUCCUCCUGGAAAACGUUGACGCAGCCGGACUCGGCCGGAGGAGUCUAAGGGGUGAACAAAUCCAGCCUGGAGAUUUCUCAGAGGCUCAGUUAUAUACGCCGCCCGCCUCAGGCGCUCAGACACCGGUCAAUACAAUCUCGCUGUCGGGGCUGCUCAAUGCGAUCGACGGGGUUCUCGACGCCGCGCUUAUUAGACCGGGGAGAGUAGACAUGCACGUGGACUUUCAGCUCCCCUCAGUGGAGCAGAUGCGGGAGCUGUUUGUCAAUAUGUACAGUGAUGUCCCGACUGACGUGUCCAAGGAUACCAAGGACCCCGCGCCAAGUCUAGAUGCAUUGGCGACGACCUUUGCGUCGUCGAUCCCUGAAAAGUCGGCCAGCCUGGCGCGACUUCAGGGCUAUCUGCUGCAAUACAAGAAGUGCCCACAAGAGGCAAGCAGCGGUGCCGCGGAAUGGGUGAAACAGAAUAGCACUCUGUGA